AUGACAGUAGUUGAACUGGAUCUUAAUGGACAAAUUGGGUGUUUCUUCAUUGGGAUUAUACUCUCUGUUGUGCUUUAUGGCUGUACUUUUAGUCAGGUUAUCUAUUACUUCUAUCAUUAUACACAAGACAGAAAGCAGUUGAAGUUUGUUGGUCCUAUGUGUAAGAACAACAAUAGUUGGCACACAGAUUUGGGAUACUCUUUGACAAUUUUGCACACUUUCCCAGGUUCAUGCUUCCACAUCAAGAAUAUCGGUUACCACUUAGUCUUGCCAUGGUAUUACUAA